GUCAAUGCAAAUCGCUCUUUAUUCUCAUCAUCGUCAACUCCAAUAAUUAACAAUUUACAGGUUAUUAAUAGAACCCAUGCGGAUACAAAGACUUUACUAAUAAUUCUCAACAACCACCAGCCAAAAUGGCUCCCGCCAUUUCACUCCUCGCCAAGCCACGGCAAAGAGGCGUCCGUCCCUACCAGAGACACGGCCUCAUCUACUUCAUCUGCGGCAACCCGGGACUCGUCAAUUACUACGCCGUCUUCCUAGAUUGCUUGCGCGGAAUGCUCGAUGCGGAAGACGAAGGCUCCGGUGGCACCGCCUACGACAUCUAUGGGCGCAAUUUGUUGGGAUUCAGUGAUGAUGAGCAUGAGCCGUUCAGCGCCAGCAACGAGCCCUGGGAUCUCGACGGCCAGAUUGACGGCAUGUAUCGCGAUGUUGCAUCCAAGACCGUCAUUCCUGACGAAGCUGGCGCUGAGGGUCAAGAGGGAGAGGCAGCACGGCCGUAUGACUUUGUCGUCCUCAUGGGCCACUCGGUAGGCGCCUACAUCUCAGUCGAAAUCUUCCAUCGGCACAUGCAAGAUCCAUCUAGGGCGCCGCAUCUCAAUCUCCGGCACGGCUUCUUGCUGUUUCCGACUCUCACCCACAUUGCCAACUCGCCUAAAGGGAGGAAUGUUGGUCUGCUAAUGAGCAUCCCCGGGUUAGAGAACAACGCGCAGCAUCUAGCAAAAUUCAUCCUCAAUUGUAUUCCAUAUGCGUUUGUCUUAUGGAUCAUCAGACAUGUCUUGGGUUUCACGCCUCAGACAGCAGAGGUGACGGCCCGGUGGCUCAAGAGCCAAGGUGGUGUUUGGCAGGCGAUUCAUCUAGGCCUUUCAGAGAUGCGCACCAUUUGCGAGGAAAAGUGGGAGGAAGAACUCUGGGAGACGACGGCCGAAGACGAUGAUAUCAACAGUUACAAUUACUACCACGGCAAAGGCAAGAUUUCUGCUAAUGGAGAGUCUGAGAACGGCACAGAGACACCUCAGCAGCAGAUUCCAAAGUUCUUCAUUUUUUACGGCAAAAACGACCACUGGGUGGCGAACUAUGUCCGGGAUGCGUUUAUCGAGAAGAGGAAGAGCGAAAAGGGACAUACCAAAAUACAAGUUGACGAGGGAGAUAUUCCACAUGCGUUUUGCGUCAAGGAGCGUGAGUUUUGUCCGUCGAGCUGUGCUUUUGAAAAUAAGAGAUGUUAACUUGGGGGGAUUUAGACACAAGCUGGGUAAUUGCCAAAAGGGUGUACGAGUGGGUGAAGGAGAUUGAAGACGGUCAACGAACAUUGUAGACAAUUUAGACAUUAGGUGACUCCAUAAUCUAUAUUUUACGCAGACUCUUCUAGAAUUCUUAAAACGUUAACCACGU